GGUAUCAAUCACCACAAAAUUGCAUUACUGAAGCAUUUGUUGAAAUAUCCAUAAAGUUAAUGAAAAGCUUCUGAGUCUGUUUGUUCCGCACACAUCGCCAUCAUGUCGAGGUCAAUAGACGAACCGGUCCUCAAUGCACGAUUCUGUUUCAACCAGACAGCAUUACAAGACUUCCUACGAUUGUCGCGCGCGAGUAUAGACGAUACCAUCAACCAGAACCUCAAUGCGCUUUCAAGACCCAGCGUGACGAACCCAUUCACAUCGACCUUGCCAAGUUCGCGGCGACCAUCGCAAUAUCUGCCGGACUCUACAUGCGCCGAGUUCAAGGAUCGCGUCCUGUUCCCAAGCUGGCAAUCCCGGUCAAACGUCCUGAACUACUGCGCCAGUGUGGCGACAUCCCCUGAUCCCGAUGAACCUGAGCAUCUCCUCCACGAGUCUGAAUCUGCGAAAGCGCGUGAACGGGUCGUCGACGAGCGAUUGGAUCCUUACGGCGCCCGGAAUCUCCCACGGGAAGGACGAAGCGAUGCGCUCGCUAACCUCGUUAGACGCGAGAGGAGGGUGGAAGAAAUCGUGCGCCAACGAACCUGGGACCUCGUCAGCGGAAGAUGUCGCUCUGAUCCUUCACGCGAGACAUCGUAUGAGGCUGCCAUGAACGAGUGGAGGGCGCAGCAAGAAAGCUCGCGAUAGCUUCGUGAUUUUCGACCUCCCCACACGAUGCAGAUAUUGGACCUCCCCUGGCCACUGAUCUGGUACGAUGACCGGGAAUGGUCGCAUGCUAGCGAUCCGUGUCAUGUGGGCAUGAAGCCAAGUGUCUCUAAUCAUUCUCCGCUCACCCUGGCUCGAAGCCACUGUGUAACACAACCCAACUGCGCACUGCAUUUGACUCUCCAACUGUAACAUCACAUAGACGGCACAUAUUCGGCAUUGAAGAAUAGAUAACACGCGACCAAUCAUGAUUUCUCAGCAUAGUGUAUGUGCAUGUAUAGUUUUCGCGCCCUAUUGCUCUCUCUGUAAGGGAUAAAUGGCGGUGACUCUGGCAAUCAGCUGCACCGAUGCGGCGUAGAUGG